UUCUUCAUUCUUUUUCGUUAGUUUUCCUUUCUCCUACACGAUCGUAGAUGGACUUCCAAAAAUACUCAUGGACGGUUUGCUCUGUGGUCGUGCGGGUACCGUCUCUUUUGCUGUUGUACUUUCGUAUCUCUACGUGCAAGACGGGAAGAAGACAAUUUUAGUGCUCUUAUAUUCUCGAAUGUGAAGCUUCCCUUUCGCAUCGGAUUGACGACUGUUCCGGUCUUAUCUCGUCGGGAAUUCUGUGUCCCUAUGACAACAGGGGUCAAUGAUUCCGACUCAGUGGACUCUACUUUGAUCCAAUCCAUGGGAAGGAAGAGAUGAUCUGAAAGAAAGCUUCAACUCCAGAUCUUCAAGCUAAAGUAGUAGAGUUGUUGCAGUUAAGCAAUUGGAUAGAAAUGGGCUUCAAGAUUUUCUACCUGAUAAAGAACCAUUAGAUUGGAAUACAAGAAUAAAGAUAGCAGCAGGUGUGGCCAAAGGUUUGGAGUAAGGCAAAUCCUCCUGCCAUUUAUAGGGAUUUCAAGUCAUCUAACAGAUUACUGAUGAAGGGUUUGUUCCAAAGCUUUCAGACUUUGGGCUGGCAAAACUUGUCUUACUGGAGACAAGUCGCAGUCUCCACAAGGGUCAUGGGAACUUAUGGUUAUUGUGCUCCUGAGUAUGCUAUGACUGGACAAUUGACGGUGAAAUCUGAUGUCUACAGUUUUGGGGUUGUCUUCCUGAAACUUAUCACUGGACAGCUGAGACUUGGGAGUGUGUUUCAUGAGGAAGAAUUACUUGGAUUAGUCAUGUGGUUGGUGUUUGUUGAAGGGAAAUUGCAGAUGAAGAUUGCUCACAUUCAUGAGAAGAUUAAUAGCUUUACUCAACUGGAACACAUGGAUAAGUGGGAGAAGGAGAAUCAAGGACUACGGUUGCUUGGUGCAUCAAAUGAGCAGGCUAAUGCUGUUUUUCACAAUGCUAGAUAUCUACUUCAGAAUGUUCCUGGUCAGUCUUGGAGGUACAGCUGAUAUCAAUAUCGAAUGAUGUAUUCUGACUUGUGGAAUUGACGAAUCCAUAAAGGAUGAAAGUUUUACAAAUUAGUUUUUGUCAUCUUCUGUUUUGGGAUUUGAAUCUAGAGUUGAAAAAUGUUACAUUAGGUUUUAGACAGUAGAAUCUAGAAUCAUGUCUGUCUUUGUUGUUGUAAACUACUACAGUGGUAAAAAAAUUAUUGUGGGUUAUCUUUUUUGACAAAAAAUUUCUGCAGUAAGAUAUUU